UCAACCGGACUUUAUCAGCCCCUGCGCAUCUGGGCGCCGCCUGCCUCCCUCAGAGCGCCCUGUGCCUUGCUCGGGCCAGCCAGACGUCCCGCUCCUCUCGCCCGCAAGCAGGGACGUGGGUGGCCAUGCUGCACUGGGGAUACGACGAGCACAACGGGCCUGCUCGCUGGAAAGAGGUUUUCCCUGUUGCUAAUGGAGACCGUCAAUCCCCCAUUGACAUCAAAACUGAAGAAACCAAAUAUGACCCUGCUCUACCUCCUAUUAGCCCCAACUAUGAUCCAACUUCUGCUAAAGUCAUCCUCAACAAUGGACACUCCACCAGUGUAGAAUUUGAUGACACAGAAAAUAAAUCAGUGCUGAGAGGAGGACCACUCACUGGAAACUAUAGGCUGCGCCAAAUUCACUUUCAUUGGGGGGCCAGCGAUGACAUUGGCUCUGAGCAUGCAGUGGAUGGAAAGAAGUAUGCAGCUGAGCUUCAUGUGGUUCACUGGAACUCGGACAAAUAUUCCACUUUUGUUGAGGCUGCUCGGCAGCGGGAUGGAUUAGCUGUCAUGGCAGUAUUUCUAAAGAUUGGUGAAUGUAACUCUCAGCUGAAGAAAAUUACUGACCGUUUGGAUACCAUUAGAGCCAAGGGUAAACAAGCACUGUUCACAAACUUUGACCCUUCCUGUUUGCUUCCUCACUCUCUGGACUACUGGACUUAUCUUGGCUCUCUUACUGUUCCACCUCUUCUUGAAAGUGUCAUCUGGAUAAUUCUCAGAGAGCCUAUAAGUGUUUCCUCUGAGCAGCUAGCCAAAUUCCGCAGCCUUCUGUGUACUGCUGAGGGAGAGGCAGCCUGCUGCAUGCUGAGAAACUACCGGCCACCACAGCCUUUAAAGGGACGGGAAGUCAGAAGGAAUUAAGGAGUAAAGCAAGAAUCAGCCACUGCUGAGACCACUUAGGAGGCUGAAUUAGUUUUUAAUAAUAAUAUGCUUUGUGCCUAAUGAAUAGGUAUUAUUUUAUUAUUCAGUUACAAUGCAGUCAUUUCAGCAAGACAAAGAUGUCCUGACUUGUAGCACUUGGGCCGAUUUUAACUGUUUUGAAUGGGUUUUGCCCCAAUUGGUAUGUGUGCAUUGUGGUGUUAGUGUUUGCAGCAGAGCUUUCUGAACAACUUCGUUUCAGUCUGUGCAUGUGAAUACAAUCAUUUAUAUUGAGUCUGAUCCUACAAAGUGCUGAGUAACUACUGCAAGGUACUGGACACCCGCAACUCCCUUUCAUGUCAGUUGCAGUUGAGGAUAUAUAGCCCCUAAAGGGCUAAGCCCAUAAAUCUUUCUUUAGGGACUAGACUGGCUUCUUCCUUUAAUUUUCAAGGAGAACUUAGUAUUUUAAAGCUGGUAGGAUUCCAUUACUGAUCAUAAGCAAAGGGAUCCUGUUUAAGCUGGGACGCCAUGAUAGAUUUACCAAAAACCAUAGUAUACACUAAUGACAUUUAACCCAUAAAGUAUACAAAUGUAUUCACAGGUGUCGACUUCCUGCGGGGCCCAGGGGUGCUCAAGCCCCCUCUCUGCCCCAGGCCCUGCUUCCACUCCACCCCCACCUCACCCCUUCCCCCAAGCCCUGUCCUGCCUCUCCCCCCCCCGCUCCACCUCUUCCCACUCAGUUCUGCCCCCUCCAUUGACUGUGCCCCAUCCCUGCUCUUCCUCGCUCCUCCAGCACCUCCUGCAUGCUGUGGAACAGCUGAUUGUGGCAGGUGGGAGGUGCUGGGAGGAAGGGCGAGGAGUUGAUCAGUGGGACACCAGCAGAUGGGAGGCACUAAGGGAAAGGGAAGGAGCUGGCUACUGGUGGGUGCAGUGCACCCACUAAUUAUUUUCCAUGGGUGUUCUGGCCCUGGAGCACUCAUGGAGUCAGCCAAUUUUCUUCUUUUGUUUUUAAUGAACUAGCUGUAGCCCUCAAAAUAUGAAAAUUAUGACCCAAACUCUCCCUUCUGCUUCUGCAAGCAAAGGGAACUGAAAUCUCAGUAGCUCUUUCCUCUCAAUCUUUUUCCUUCAGCACUUCUCCACUGGUCUUCUGCAGAGCUGGUGCCAUGCCUUGUUUUGAGAACAGAGCUGGAUGUUGAUGGGAGUGGAGCAAAGGACCAGCCACUCUCUACAGCAACUUCCCUGUUGAGCCUGUGGAUUUCUGCACAAAAAUCCAAUCAGGAUUUAAUGCCACAUGAAGUGGUAGUAACUCCCCCUGACUCUCUCCGGGGCUGUAACCGUGAAGCCAAGGGAGAAUCAGCCAGUGGCCACACAACUCGUGCAGGAAUGGGAGGAAGUAUCAGAGCAGCCACAUGGAGGGAAAGCCACCCUUCCAUGCAACUGAGUAUUUCUUUCUCCAAGAUGCCUAGGACUGUAGGUUUUGGAGGCUGCACCUCUUGCCUCCUCCAUUGGUAGGGUGACCCAUCCUCCAGGAGGGAAAAAUUAAGCGGAUACCAUACAAGCAAGGCGAACCUUGCAGAGAUUCCUGAGUCCCUCAUAUUCCUCUAUAAGUAAAUAGAUUGUUUAGCUUAGUUUAGAUGAUAGAUAGAUAGAUAGAUAGAUAGAUAAAGUAAGUCUUAUUGUCCUCUCCUCCACUGCAGUAGAGUGCUUCUUCUCAGGGGGAGCUUAAGUUGCUUCUGUUACUGCAGGUCCUCUCAUUGCAAUACAGUAUUUUGAGCACUGAGAAAAAGAAAACUGUCCAUGGGAGAAGCAAUAGAGGCAAUGCAGCAGCAGGAGCUGUGGACAAGAAUGGCCAAAUGUAAAACCUGCAGGCACUUUUUUUUCAGUCCCCGCUAACCAGGAUAGGCAGGAGGACCCAGGUAGAUAUAAAAAAACUUGAGUCUGGUCUCGUUCAAAUGACAAGUAUGUGUGUAGAGUAUAAUUGCUGGCGUGUGUUUUUUCACUUUCUUUUUUGACCUGAUGUUGCAUCUGGUCUGUUUCCCUGUCGUGUGAGUAGCUGCAGAAUGUGAUGAAUGAAGUUUACACAUUGUGUAAAGGGCGCUAAAGAACUGAUUUGCCUGAGGACAGGAAUAAUGAGGCUACUGCUGUGUGUGUUCAUAUUAGAAAUAAAAAAAGUUUUAGCUGUUUUUCCUGCAUUGAAAAUAAAUAGUGGAGUCGAUACAGUGGUUUGAUAUUUGUAAGGAUUUUAUCAAAUAAAAACAGAUGUUGUCAA